CAAGAAGAAAAAGAUAAAAGUGGAAACAGUGUAAAAUAAUUACAAACCCCAAGAAAGACUGAUGUUUGAUUAAGAAAGGGGUUUUAUUGCUAAAGUCGUUGCUUUAUAUUGGUAUAUUUAAAAAUUUUCAAGAAUAAGUGAACAAAAGAGAAUUAUUUGAUCGAUUGUCGGAUAUUCCAAAGGUAUAGAUUUGUUGUUGCAGCUUUUGAACACAGAAAGUGAAAACUAAUUACAAGGGCAUUAAAUACAUAACGGAAGAUACGCAAAGAAAUACAUAAAGGAAGCAAAUCAGCUGUAAAGGAGCAAGUCUAUUGUAUUUUGAUUUGUUGUUACUGGCUGUGAUAAUUUACUAAACACUGGAGAUUAUAAUUGUAUUUCUGAAGUUUAUUCAUAAAUAGUUUAACACUUCUUGUAUAUUACGGGAUUUCAAGCUUUUGCUCAUAUCAAAAAGUGAAGAGAUAGCUGUUUACUGUUAUCGUCUUGGACACAAGUUCAUUAAUUUUCAAAGCUAAUUAUAUUCAAAAUGCAAUGGAUAACUCACUUAGAUGGGGGACCACGUCGAGUGAAUCAUGCAGGUGCUUGUGUUGGUGAUAGAAUUUACUCCUUUGGCGGUUACUGCACUGGAGAUGAUUAUCGUUUAAACGAAUGUAUAGAUGUUCAUGCGCUUAACACCAAUACGUUGCGCUGGGCGCUUGUGCCUCAAAUGCGUGACGAAAAUGGUUUGCCGUUAAAGUAUCCUGAAGUGCCGUUUCAACGAUAUGGUCACACAGCUGUUUCAUACGGAGAUAAAAUUUUUAUGUGGGGUGGUCGUAACGAUGAUCAAUUAUGCAAUAUUUUAUAUUGCUUUGAUCCACAAACUAUAAGCUGGUCUCGCCCUGAUGUGAAAGGUGCUAUACCAGGCGCACGUGAUGGUCAUUCAGCAUGUGUAAUCGACGAUUGUAUGUAUAUUUUUGGAGGAUUUGUUGAGGAAAUAAAUGAAUUUUCAUGCGAUGUACACUGUCUUGAUUUUCGGACAAUGGAGUGGCGAUAUAUACAAACAUUUGGUGCACCACCGUCCUUUCGCGAUUUUCACUCCGCAGCCUCCAUAUAUGGCAGGAUGUACAUUUUUGGUGGCCGUGGCGAUAAGCAUAGUCCGUAUCAUAGUCAAGAGGAAAUGUACUGCCCAGAGAUAGUGUUUUUAGAUAUGAAAACUAAAAUGUGGCAUAGACCAUCCACCACUGGUAAAGUGCCGGUGGGUAGGCGGAGUCAUUCAAUGUUUAUCUACAAUGGUCUCAUUCAUAUAUUUGGAGGCUAUAACGGUAUUUUGGAACAGCAUUUUAAUGAUUUUUACACAUUUGAUCCAAAAUCCAAUUGUUGGAAUCUUAUAAAACCUUUUGGACAACCACCAACUGCGCGACGACGACAAGUUUGUAUAGUGAAAGAUAAAAGGAUGUUUCUUUUCGGUGGCACCAGUCCACAUCCUCAUGACAGCCUAUUAAUAGACAAUAACGACACACAUCUCUUAGACUUUGAGCCUACUCUACGUACAUUGGCAAUUUUAGCUGUAAUAAAUCAUCGUUUGGAUACGACGUGGCUGCCUAAAAAGCUCAAAGAAGAAAUACGCUUAAUGACGCAGCCGAACUCCUUAACUCGGCCACUCAACCAUGCUGGUUAGCUGAAAAUGCAAUAAGUAAUAUUCCUGACAUUAAAUACAAAACUGUCCUAGAAACCAAGCGUGCAAAUUCUCAUUUACAUACAUACCUACACACCAACAAGAAUUAAUAGGAAACCAAAAUAAUGGAGAGAGAAGGAAAGCAGCAUUUUAUAGAGCAAAGAACAUGAAAAAUAGCUUAGCUAUAAAUCAUUCGCACUGUUCCGCAUUUAUUUUUGUUUUGCACAAAUUUUAAUUUUUUCGUUAAUUAUUGUUUUUCGCACAAUGUUCAUCUAACAUUUAACAAAGCAUACAAUGAAGUGUUUAGUUUUGUAGUGUUUUUUUCUACGUUU